GAGUUUAGGUAGGAGUAGGUCCUGACCUUUGGUUUCGCUGAGUCGUCACCAGAUGGUGCUCUAGGUUCGCGUGUAAUGGACACUUCCAAGUCAACUAUAUGUCAUUGAGUCAAUCAUGAAUAGGCUUUUAAUCUAUUUUGGCAAACUACAUUUAUUUUUUACUAAAUCAACCAAAACCCGCGUUAUUUAUUCAUGUGAAUUGAUUCAUUACCAUGUUUUGCAGCAAAAAAAAACUCAGUGUUCGCAGUCUCUCUAGGCCAGAGUAGACCACCCUGUGUUUAAAAAAUAAAAAUUGGGGAAACGUCUAGCUAGGCAUGUAAUAAAUUACAGAGACAUCUAAAAUGUACAACUCUUAACAGGGCUCUUUGCAUUGGUUGGAGCGCUUGUCAAUCAUAUUGCCCAUUGUCUCGUUGGUGCGACGGAUAGUAGAACUCGAGUUGGUUGUAAGCGCGAGAAAGCAGUUGUGGCAGCAGAACCAGUGAUGGGUGCACUGAUCUCAAGUGCUGUUUAGUUGGAAUUGUUCAAACUUUUACGUGGGGAGUUGAAAUAACAUGAAGUGUGAACUUGGAACUAUGUUAAGGUCAACGAUGUUGGAAUUACUUUUGUUUUCAUUGACAGCUGGGUUAUAUCGUGCUGCACCGCGCGCCUCCAACAACAAUGAACUGUCUGUAUCAAAGCAACCUGCCAUGUCCGAAAUCACACUCGGGCAGCUCGGCACUACCAUGCCAAAUUAUUUACCCGAGGACAAUGUGAGGUUGUCCACAAUUUCAGCGCUCUCCCCAGUUUCUACCGCUACCACAUCGGAAAACUGGAUUACAGGUAAAACCACUAAAUCUUCCCAAACAAACAAGUUGACCCGAACAGCAAAGACCACCAUAAGUGAGUCCAUAUUGGAGUCCUCAGUAAAAAACAAUGAUGGUACAGCUGACAUAACGCCGAUAAUUUACACAGGGAUAUUUCGAACUACAACACCAACUGCUUCGACAAUUUCUCCAUCGAGGACUCCCGAAACAAAGACACAUUCUUCGUCCACCUCUCAGCCUUUACCUGUCCCCACCACUGACACGCAACAAACUGAGUUCCUGUGUAACUGUAGCAGCGAAGGAUCUCUGGAUCUAGACCGCUGCGACCGCAGCACAGGGCAGUGUGUCUGCCUGUUGGGCUACAUGGGACUGCGGUGUGCUGACUGCCAGGAGGCCCACUUCAACAACGGCACCACCGGCUGCAUCCCCUGUAGCUGCGACUCCUACGGUGCUCUUGGACCCCUCUGCGACAGCUCUGGGAUGUGCGUGUGUAAGACAGGGGUAUACGGUGACAAGUGUGACGAUUGCCACCCAGGUUUCUUCCGGUUCAGCAGCACGGGUUGCCAGCCAUGCCAGUGCAAUAAUCACUCCAGCUACUGCCACCCACAAUCAGGCAUCUGCUUGAACUGCCAAGGGAACACCAAAGGACCCGGCUGUGAGGAAUGCAAGUAUAAUUUCUACCGGAGGCCCAGCGCUGCCCUUACUGAAGUCUGCGUCCCCUGCCCUUGCUCCAGCGUCACCUCUUCUGGCAGCUGCCACCUUGACCCCAGAGGACAAUCUGUGUGUGACCAGUGUAAGCCAGAGUACCAGGGACCCCACUGUGACCAGUGCAAGGGUGGCUUCUACAAUGCGGACAGCAUCUGCCUUCCUUGCAACUGCAGCGGGAAUGCCGACCCCGGGACCUCGCCCCGCAUCUGCAACCCUGAGACGGGUCACUGCCUGAGCUGCGUCAACAACACGUCAGGGAAACACUGCGAGCGUUGCGCUGAAGGAUACGUGGGUAGUGCCAUCAUCCACAGCUGCAAAGCUAUAGUCACUCCCACCCCUGAGCAGAACACGACAACAACCACCACCACCCUGACCCUGCGCUCCACCACCACUACCCCCUCUAGUGGCCACACUAUGACUUCCACCUCCAACGCCACCACCACAGCCUCCAGCACCACACCAGGUCUCCUCGCCAACACCACGGCCGCCAUCUCCGAGGUCUCCUGGACCCAGUUCAAUGUCAUCGUCCUCGCGGUGAUCAUCGUGGCAGUGGUGGUGCUGAUGGGCGUGGCGGGCGGUGUCUAUACCUACCGCGAGUACCGCAACCGCAAGCUGAACGCUCCGUUCUGGACCAUCGAACUUAAAGAGGAUAACAUCAGCAUCAGCAGCUACCACGACAGCCUGCCUAACAUGGGGGACGUGUCGGGCCUGCUGGAGGAAGAGGCCAGCAUGGAGGUGGCGCCCAACGGCCAGCUGGCGCUUAGCAGCCCCAUCAACAUGUACAAGGCGUGAUGAUGGGCCAUGGGCGGGGAUGCUUCUUCUUCUUUGGUGUUUUAACGGCGGUGUGCAAGCUAAUGUUUAUUGGUGUUACCGCAGCCUUCUGGACUAGUGUGGUAAAGACUCAUCCUCUGGGAAACUGUAUUCUGUCCCAUCUCUACCACACCCACCAACCCCACCCGUGGUGGUCACACCCACCAUGGAACUCUGACUGGGGGAGGGAUGUCUCUGACUGGGGGAGGGAUGUCUCUGACUGGGGGAGGAAGGUCUCUGACUGGGGGAGGAAGGUCUCUGACUGGGGGAGGAAGGUCUCUGACUGGGGGAGGAAGGUCUCUGACUGGGAGAGGCAAAGAUGGGGGAGGUUUAUCAUCCUGUCCUCAGGAUUUUAAUAAUAAAUGAUCUGCUUGUUGCAGUUACUAAAAUGAGGAGGAGCUGGAAGGAUGGACUAACUACAGAAUCAGAAAUCAAGUGACUUCUGAGUCACCCAGACUGGGAGA